AUGGAGGAUGAGAAGUUCGUGCAGCUUGCGUCUGUCCUCGGCCAGUCCAUGCGCGACAGGAUCACGUAUCGACGCCGCCUGCGCGCUGCGGGCGUGGAGGACCCCCGCGGCAAGGACCUUCCGCAGCCUGUGGUCAAGGCACAGCGCGUGGUCCUCCAGGCGACCCAGCGCCUCGAGCGGGCUCAGCAGGCUGCCCUCGAGGCGGCUGAGGAGCUAGAGGCGGCCGAGGCGCAGCUCGUCGCGGCUCGAGCCGACCUGGAGCAUGCGAAGCAGGACGCCGCCGCGGACACCGCUGGCGGGGACCAAGGGGGACCUCCUGUAUCGGCGUCGACGUGGGACUACCUUGGGAAGCUUGCGGGCCUCGUCAACCAGCUCGCGGCCACCUACGAGGACCAGUUGGCCCAGGUGGCGGCAGGCAACAAGCCGCCCGACACAGGGCUCGCAGUGGCGCUGCAGACCAAGGAAGCGCUGGAGAGGUUCACCGCCGCGCUGCCCGCUGCGCCCCCCGCGCGGUCUGCUGCGGCUGCUCCCGGCACUCCUCCUGCCGUCCCUCCUGGAGGCCAGCCCCCCCAGCCGCCGAUGGAGGACUGCCUGGUGGCCUGCCAGCUGACGCCGCGAUGGGAGCUGAACCUGCCGGAGGAUGCGAUGACACCGCGCAGCGGCUUCGGGACAAAGCAGCGGCUGCAGAACGACUACGGCGAGACGUCAGGAACGGGGCCAGCCCGUACUAAGACCAGGAUGUUCUUCGGGAAUAUCACCCGGCACGGUCCGACAGCCCGCAGGUUCCUGGAGGGACACGGAGCGGGCUUCGACGUCGUAGGUUUCUGCGAGACCCACUCGUCACCUGCUGCCGCCGAGCAGCAGCAGAUUGACCUCCAGGAGGGUAACUGGAAGGUCGCAGUCACUCCUGGCAUCCCUUCAGGUCGGUCUCACGACGGUGUCACAGGCGGAGAGAUGAUUGCGAUCAAGAAGACGCGGCUGCUGCAAGGCAACGUCCUCGUCAUGGUGGCGUAUCUGGUGCCAGGGCUUCGGUUUCGCGGAGCCAACCAGCAUCGGCUCGCCUCGCUGGCGGCCAUCCUCUCGCUCAUGACAGACCCCUUCGGGAUCGUUGGUGAUUGGAACGUUGAGCCGACGGACUGGGGCGAGACGGAGUGGUUGCAGCGGCUCGGGGCCACCGUCGCGGCGCCAGCGAACGUGCGCACGACGUGCGACAAGGGCAAGGGCAAGCUGCACGACUACGUGCUCGCCUCGUCGGGGGACGCCGAGCACGUCAAGGUGGUCGCGGAGCCCCCCGUGCCGCGGCGCACGCACUGCGGGCUGGUCAUCGAGCUCACGUCCAGCAACCGCCGCUGGUACCACCAGGCGCUGGUGCUGCCCUCAGCGCUGCCCCUCCGACGCCCCCCGAAGGUCGCUGCUGACCCCAGCAGCCGCAGGCAACGCAGGCUUGCAGCGCAGGCCAGCAAGCGGCGCGGGGCGUUGCCAGAGGAGCUGCGGCAGUCCCACGACGCGCUGCUGUCGGAGGCCACGGGCCUGGCGGGCCAGCUGUCGCAGGCGACAUCUGGCACUGCUGCCCAGUGCUGCGGAGUCGCGCCCUCCGCGGCAAACGCCCCCGCUGCGGCACGGCGUGCGUCCAUGGACGGCGACGUGGAUCCCAUGGAUGUGCUGCCAGACGAAUACGACGGCGGCUUCGUUGAGCCUCCUGGGCACGACCCAGCCCCUCGCAGCCCAGUGGCGGAUGCGAAGUCGGCCAUGUCGCCCGAUACCGAGCCUCUCGGUCGAGAUGGCGACGCACCAGUCGACAUUGAGUACCUCGUGAGCUCCGAGACAUGGCCCAGGUGCGCUGCCGCCGUGCAGGCUCAGAAGCCCAGCAGCCAGCGGCCCGCCGACCAGGACCACUUCCUGUUCGCGCGAGCGCCGCUCUCCACCGACCGCGCCCCCCAGGUCUAUGCGCAUCGGGUCGGUGCCCUCGAGGAGGCGCCGAUUCAGACGGAGCAGGUCGCAGGUCGCAGCGCAGACACCAUGCGAGGGCGUGGUCAGGGCUAUCGCAUCGAGGAGCGCAGGAUGAAGAGCACCCCUGGCCGCGCCCACUUGCUGGACCCCGUGCUGGAGGGUUGGCAGACGCUGUGCACCUUGCUGGUCCGCCUCGCCGCGCUGCUGACUAACGGCCUCCACCGUGCUCGCAUCGGGUACGUUCGCUGGGCCAAUGAGGCGCGGCAGCGGAGGCCUGGCAUCGCCCACCGACAUGUCAAGGAGCCCGCGGCCGAGCAGCUGGAGAUUCACAGCCUCGUCAGGGACGCCGACGGGGACGUCGCGGCGAGGUCCAUCGCCCAGCCCGACACCAUCCUGGAGCAGAAGACCCUGUUCUGGCAGCGGGUGUGGAAGAACCCGACUCAUGACGAGGCCGGCCUGGUCGAGGCCCUCAACGAUACUCUCCGACGCGCUGCUGACGAGAGGCUGGAGCCGAUCACGCCCGACCAGAUGCGGGCGGCCUUGCGCCGCAUGAGCUCGGGCAGGGCGCGCGGCGUCGACAACGUGAGCCCCGCCGACUUGCAGCGCAUGCCCGAAGACGGCUUCGACGGCCUCGCCCCGCCCCCCAAUGAGUGCGAGGCCGCGGGGGCUUGGCCGCGGCAGCUUUCGGCGGUCAUAGGUGCCGCCAUUCCCAAGCGUGAUGGAGGGGGCCGCAUCAUCGGCAUGCUGCCAACCACCUGCAAGGCAUGGGCGAAGGUUCGUGCUGCUUCCAGCGACGAGUGGAGUGACGCCCAGGCCAGGUGGCGGGACACCGCGGCGCGCGGAUCGUCUGCCCUGCGGGCCGCGGCGCGCCGCGCCUGCAUGGACGAGUGCGACGUGGAGAACGGGUGGUUCACCGCGACCCUCCUCCUCAAAAUCAAGAACUUAUGCGAUUCAGUUUCCUUCGUGCGAUUGCUCGCGGCUGCCACCCAGCAAGGCUUCCCCGCGAUCGCUGCCGCGAUGGAGGUGCAGCUGUACGCAGGGCCCCGCCAUUUGCGCCAGCGCGCCUGGCUUGGGCGACGGCUGCAGCCCGAGCGGUCAGUUGUGGCGGGGUCAGCCCAUGGCGGGAAGCUGGCAAAGGUCAUGCUAGGACCAGUGAUUGCUCGCGCGCAUCGCGCUUGCGAGCGUGCUCAGCUGUGGGCGUUCAUCGACGACACGGCCACCCGCUCAGUUGGCACGAGGAAAACAGUCAAGGCCGACAUGUACAAGGCCGCGGUGGCGCUCAAGCAGGGGCUCGACGAGGCUGGCUUCGAAGUCUCCACCAAGACUGUGCUGGCGUGCUCGCACCCCCCGAUGGGGAAGCGGGCCCAGAGGCGCUUCCAGGCUGCCAGGCGUCGGCUCGGCAGGGUCCCCCGCAUGCGCAAGGAGGUCCGCAUGGCCGAGAUCACGAAGAUGCUGUGGACGAGACGGGGGCUCAACCUCAGGCAAGUUGUCAGCCAGUGGCUCGAGCUCUGGCGCACACGGCCUGGGGUUCACGGUCGAGUUCGUCGCGCCUGGCCCCGCCUCCUCAUGGCCCUGUCUCAGGCAGGGCCGCAUCGCUGGCGGCGCGUCCGCGGGCCUGCUGCUGCGGUGAUCGCGGUGCUCCUGGACACCGAGUGGCGGCCCGAGUCGCCCCAGCGCUGGGUCCGCCCCACUGGGCCUAACACGGUCGACGAGUGGGUCAUCCCUGGCCCCGACACGGAGUGCUACACCGUCGCCGACGCGCCCGAGCUCCUGGACAACCUCAUGGAGGACUUCGCGAGGCGCAUGUGGCAGAGGGCUGCUCUGCACCCCGCAGGCGACAGCCUCGGCAACGGUGCCGACACGACGCGCGCGCAGCGGGAGUUGAGGCGGUCCACGGUUGCGGGGGCGCUCGACCUGUGGGCGCAGACGGUCGUCAUCGCCAGCGGGGGCCAGUGGACGAGGGAGCGCCAGCAGCAGGCCGGUUACGACUCCGAGGUGACCUGCCAGCGUUGUGGCACCGAGAAGGAAACACUAUUUCAUCGAAUUUGGAGCUGUCCGUGCAACACGGGCCAUGCAGAUUUUGACGCCAGUGAAUGUUUGGUGGUGCGCGCGAGGGCGGGCCGGGAGCAAGACCCCGUCUGCCCGUCAGACCUCACAACGCCCAUCUUCGACGAGUGCCAGGCGGGCUGGGUCGAGCACCAGGGGGAGCCGUUCGACAGUUGCAGGGUCGAGGGCGAGGAGGUGCUCGACGUUUUCGGCGACGGCUCGGGUGGCCCGCACACUGACGACCCUCGGCGGCGCAGUAUCGGAGCUGCCGCGGUCGCACUUCGGCUUGACGGGAGAGUCGCGG